AUGUCCAACAACUGCUGCUCUAGAAACUUCUCCAGCUCUGAAAGCUUCUACUCUACCUCCACUGGGGGCACCCAAAGCUUCCCCGUCUCCUCCUGUGGCUCUUCCUUCCCCAACGUCGUGGUCUACAACACUGACCUGACCUCUCCCAGAACCACCCAGCUGGGCACCCCUCUCUCCAUUGGCUGCCAGGAGACCUGCUGUGAGCCUUCCAUCUACCAGGUGUCUCGGGUGUCUCGUGUGGUGUCCAGCCCCUGCCAGACAUCCUGCUUCCGCCCCAGGCCCUCUGCUCUCUGCAGCCCAUGCCUGCCAUCCUGCUCCCGCCCCAGACCUGCUGCUGUCUGUAGCCCCUGUGGGGUGACUUAUUCUGGAUCUCAGGGCUGCGGGUCCAGCAGCAGCUGCUCCCAAGUCUAUCAAUCUGGAAGCUCCUACUCAGUGGGAUCAGGUUCUGCUAGCCUCAGACCCCUGGCUUUUGGAAUCCGUGAGUUCCCAUCUCUGAGCCUUGGAUCUGGAGUCUGCGGCCCAAUCUCCCUGACUCCUGGCAACUGCCAGUCAUCUUGUUAA